AUGUUUCGACUAAGCAAUUUCUUACUGAUCCUCGUUUUGUUUGGGGUUUUCUCAAAAGCAAAGGUUGUCCGGGUUUCCUAUGCCGAAGAAAACAAAGCUCAUGGAGCAUCUUUCAUGAAAAGAAGCACUGGACACACUCACGCGGCCAGGUCAAUUCGGGAUUGCAGCUGUUUUCUGCCAUUAGGAAUGGAAAGCGGCUAUCUUCCAGACAGUGCUUUAUCAGCAUCCACAUCUUACAGCGCUAAUCACAUCUCUAAGUUUUCCCGCCUUAACAAGAUUCCCGCCAAGGGUAAGGCUGGGGCAUGGUGCGCUGCCAGUAAUAAUCACAACCAAUGGCUGCAAGUUUUCUUUGGACGUGAGACCACAGUGACUAAGGUGGCGAUUCAAGGGAGGUAUAGUUGUUGCAGUCAAUGGGUGGCAAGCUUCAAAUUAUCUUACAGUUCAGAUGGAAUCCAUUGGGCCUGGUACAGACUCUCUGAUGGACAAACCAAGAUAUUUGGAGGAAAUGUAGAUGAAAACACUCCUGUGUACAACUUCCUCCAUCCCCAUAUCCAAGCCGCAUAUAUCCGAUUCCAUCCUUGGACUUGGCACAAACAUAUUUCCAUGAGAGCUGAGGUUUACGGAUGCAAUGCUUAUCACUGCCAGAUGUCGCUUGGAAUGGAAGAUGGCCGCAUCAAAGACAAUGCACUGUCUGCCUCGUCAUUCUACGACGCAAAGCAUGCCGUCAAACUAGGUCGAUUAAACCUGGUGCCACCAUCUGGCUAUGCAGGGGCCUGGUGUGUCAAGACCAAAGAUGCCCACCAAUGGAUCCAAAUCGAUCUUGGCAGACCCACUACUGUGACCAAAGUCGCCACACAAGGGAGGCAAGAAUGCUGUGAUCAAUGGGUGACCAGCUAUGCUGUUUCCUAUAGUCUUGUGAGUCCCUAUUGGGUCUACCACAUGAGCCGUGGGAACAAGAAGGUAUUUCCUGGAAAUUACGAUCGCCACUCCAUUGUUACUCAUGAAUUUGUUCCGGCAUUCCACGCACGCCUUGUCAAAAUCCAUCCACUAUCCUACAAUAGUUGGAUGAGCAUGCGCAUAGAGUUGUACGGAUGUCCCAUAAAGGGAAUCUAAAGAAGGCUCAGAGGAAGAAACAAGUCGACAAGUAGGAAGACCCAUUAGUGACUAAAGGCAGCCAUUCAGUUUUAGAAGAUUAGUUCACUGUCACCUUAGCAUUUAGCAGAU